AAAGACCGUCAACAUUCAUUUGAAGUAAUUUUGAUGGGUAAAUUUAAGUGAAGCUGUGUGGCUCACGUUCAUGACAGAACGGAAGUCGACCGGAAGGAUAAAAUUACUGAUACGGAAUAACAGCAUAAUUAUUUCUACAGGAAGUGAGAGAAUGAAAAUAAGCUAUUUCAGAGGAGACUUGUGUCCCAACAUCGUUAGCGUGUUACAACACGAACGAAGAUAAAGUAAAGGUUAUGCCGUAGUGCGCUGUUGAUGACUCAGCUGUGUAGUGUGAUUUUCCUACUCAUGUGACGUCUGGUCUGCAGUUAAUGCUACUGUGUAAACCUGUGAGCAAGAUGUUUCGACUAGGUGUACUGUCUCUGACUUUUUCCCUUUUAAUUAUGUUUGUUGGUGCACAGUCAGCUGAUUCACAGUGCAAAGUUGUUGAUGGUGAUCGCGAAUAUGAUCUUAGUGAACUAGCAGCACAAGACUACUGGGAAGUGAUACAACAUUUACACACCGGGACCAAGCGGUAUUACUUAUCUUUGUGUCAUCCUCUGAGGAAUGUUCCUGAAGGCUGUGCUGGAAAUAAUACAGGGGUGUGUGCUGUUCAUGAUCCAGAAGGAAACGGUACAAAUGUUUUCGUAAGCAAUAGAGGGCAGGUACCAGUAGCAGGAUUCAACUCAACAGAAGAAGGUUACUUCAAGUAUGUCUAUGACAGUGGCGAGAAAUGCACGGUUAGAGGAAGGGACGAGAAUUAUACAACUUCCAUCUUCUUUAUGUGCCACUCCGAAGAUGGUGUCUCAGAGCCAAUCCUGAUGAACGACAAAGCUUGUGAUCUAAUUUUUGUUUGGAGAUCCAUGGCAGCGUGCCCAAAGAAAUUGGAUGCAAGGAAUUCUACAACUUGUACUGUUCAGUUCUCAAACUCUGACUAUGUACUUAACCUUCACAUGUUACACAAGCCAACUUACUAUACUGUUAAGCGAGAAAAUACUACGUAUGAGAUGAACAUAUGUGGACCUGUUACAAAUGGUAGUUGUGGAAAAGAAGAUGCAACAAUCUGCAGUGUGAAUAGUGGCAGCAGCCCUGUCAUUCUAGGUACAACCAAAGAUAUGUUGCUGGAAUGGAAAGAGGAGGUUCUUGCACUCAAAUAUCAGCACCAAAACAUGACUGUCAAAAUAGAACUACAUUGUGAUCGAACUGCAACCAAGACAGACAUUUAUUUUGUCGAGGAGAAUGAAACCUCGCUGACAUUUGCCGUGAGGACCUCAUCAGUGUGCUCACCAAAACGUCCACAGUGUGUACUAGAAGAUGAAGUUGGCAAUGUUUAUGACCUGCGACCUCUGUAUAAGUCACAGGGAAACUGGGAAGCUCUGGACACACGACAUGAUCACAAGGAUUUAUUGUACCACAUCAAUAUUUGUGGUCAGGUGAAUGAGGGUACUCACUAUCACUGUCCUCUGGGUCCCAUUGGUACUUGUCAGACCAGUAUAGGGAGGCAGACUGCCUACAACCUUGGCUUCCUCACAUCACACCCAGUUUUAAAUCAAGAUGGAUCAAUUACUAUUUUGUAUACAGGUGGUGACACUUGUCAGGACGGACAACAUACUCGCUCAACUCGAAUCAACCUGGUCUGUAAUGCAGUUGAACAUCACCCCAUGUUUUUGGAGGAAACUGAAACAUGUGAAUAUGUGUUUAAUUGGUUGACACCUGUUGCGUGCCCUCGCCAUAUGGCAAUUGGAAGUUCUUGCAAAGUGGUGGAUCCAUUAUAUAAGUACCAGUAUGAUUUGAACCCAUUAAGGAAUUCCGAGAAAGACUACAAGAUCUCAGAUGGAGAAAAUGAUUACUUGAUAAAUUUGUGUGGACCACUAGUGUCACCAUGCACAGGAGAGAAAGGAAAGUCAGGAGUAUGCCAGGUUAAAGGAAGUGAUGAAUAUAGUGGUGGAUUAGCAACUUCGAAUGUAACCUUCAAUAAAGCCAUGCUUAUAAUGAAUUUCAACAAUGGAUCUGGAGGCUGUGGAGAUGAUAACACUAGGUCCUCACAAAUACUCUUCUUGUGUGAUCAAGAAGAGAGCGGCAGUGAUGGCCCUCAUUUUCUGCAUGAAGGAGAAAAUUGUAUUUAUCAUUUUUUUUGGAGAACCAUAUAUGCUUGCCCACCUUUCCGAGUUGUGGAUUGCAGGGUAACAGAUAAUGGAAUGGUUUAUGAUCUCAGUGAACUGUCAUCAACCAAAAUGAAUGAAGAAUAUUUUAUCACUGAUGGCUCAAAGAAGUUUGUACUAAAUGUGUGCAGAUCAGUAGUGCACAGCAGAACUAGCAGAUGUCCUUAUACUGCAGCAUCCUGUAUUGUUGAUCUUAAACAUGAGAAUGAAUCCCUGAAUAUUGGUGAAGUUCACAGUGGUCCAUAUUUAGAAAAUGGCAUAUUGAAAUUGAAAUAUACAGAUGGUGAAAUCUGUGAAAAGAAAUCGAAGCCAUAUGAAACAAUUAUUGAGUUCAUGUGUGACAAACAUGAACUUUAUCCUUACCCUCAACUUAUUGGUGAAGAGGACUGUACAUACUUCUUUGAAUGGAAAACCCCCCUAGCAUGCCCAGUAUCUUUUGAAAGUAGUACCAGUACCACACCAUCAAGCAUUGGAAAAAAUUGCACAGUUUCUAGUUCAAUCACUGAUUAUGUCUUUAAUCUAAAUCCUUUAAAGAAUGAAACUGGGUAUGAAGUACAUAAUGAGAAUGGGCUUCACCUCACCUUGAAUGUUUGUGCUAAAGUCAGCAAGGAAAAAUGUCCAAUGGAGGGUACAGCAGCAUGUAGCUAUAUGCAUAAUGAUAAUACCAGCAUCAUUAAUGCAGGCAAUGCAAAUGCUCAUCUCCAAUUCCGUCCUGGUUUUCUUUUCCUUUCCUACACUGGGGGAGAUCAAUGUAAUAAUACUGUAAAGCGUUCUACCAUCAUCAGCUUCAUUUGUGGGGCUGAGAAUGCCAUGAAGGGUCCGGUGUUGGUACAUGAUGACUUGGAUUUAUGCACAUAUUUUGUUAAUUGGUACACAGAUCUAGCCUGUGAAAGAAGGAUUAACUGCUUUGUUGACACUGCAAAGCACCGUAUUGAUCUCACCCCACUCAUUAGGGCAACAGGCAAUUAUGAAACUUUAAACCCAGAGAAUUCCAAAGAAAAAUUUUACAUGAAUGUAUGUAGACCACUCAACCCUAUCAUUGGACUCAACUGUCAGCCAGGUACUGCUGCUUGCCUGUCUACUCCAAGCAUAGAAACCGGACCUUUGGGUCUUGGUCAUCCACUUGUGACACCAACAUAUAUGUAUGAAACUGAUAGUGUACAAAUUAUUUACAUACAUGGGUCCAGUUGUACUUCCAAACCAGACUACAGUAUUUCAUCACGAAUUGAAUUCAUCUGUAAUCUAUCUGCUGGCAAGGGUAACCCAGUGUUCAAGAAGAUGACUCAUGAUUGCCAAUACCUGUUUGAGUGGAGUACAUCACUUGUUUGUGAAGAUUCCCAUAUUGCACCAGAUCCAGGUCCCGUGUGUCAAAUCAAGUAUGAUGCUGCAAAAACAAAUGUUGAUUUGAAACCCCUAAGGCAAUCAGAAGGCUAUACAGUUAAUUUUGGAAACAAAAUAUAUAAAAUCAAUGUAUGUGGUCCUGCCUGUAACCAAUCCCAAGGUGUUUGUACAUCUGAUGGGGACAAUUAUGGGCUAAGUAAUAAAUCAGAACUGAAAUGGGAUUAUGAUCAGCUUAAACUCACUUAUUAUGGAGGUAGUCCUUGCAAUGAAGCACUCUCUGGUUUUAAGACAACUUCCAUAUACUUUGAAUGUGACAUGAAUGCUGGGUUUGGUCACCCAGUAGCUGAUAGAUUCAUGGAAAUCAUACACUGUGUAGCUAUAUUCCGGUGGAAAACUAAUGUUACAUGCAUUGAAGGCAUCUAUGGUACUGGAAAUGAUGAAAAUGUACCUGAUGUGACAGAGAAACCAUCCAUCAAUGAUGGCACCGAUAACAGCUCCAAGAACCAGAGUGGUGCAGCAGUCCCACAAAAGAGUGAAGUUGACAAGCCAUACUCUGCUCUGACUGCUGUUGUUGCCAGUUUACUUGUCGUCUCAGGCACAGUUUUUGUGGCAGUUUUAAUCCUCUUCAAGUCAGAAAGAGGUCAACGUGUGGUGGCUUCAGCUCGAAGACUCUUCGGAAUCAGAGGCCACACCACUCUGCUCUUGGAUGAUGUGUCAUAAGCAACAGCAAGAAUCCUCAAAACUGUCAUCUUUUGGGUAAUGUUAUUCCUCAUCAGUAGCCAAUUGAAUUCACUGUUCUUAACUACCAAUUGGAAUACUAAUUUCUUAUUUUGUUGGCUUAGAUUUUGGUCUAACAAUGCAUAACUGUAGUCUGUUGACAAUAUUGAUCCAGCUCUUAAGUAAAUCAUAUGAAAAUGUAGAUAGUCUUACAUAUAAUUACAUACUUUAUUAUUAUGUACUUCAUAAUAUGGGGUAUGGUAAUGAGUAAUGGUUAUGAUAGUACAGACCUAGUAGUCUUCAGUCACUAUCCACAAGAUCUAAAUCUUAUGUUUUUACUUUAAAAUAUUAUUAAUGUCCUGAUGUUUUCAAAAGUUGAUCACUUUCGUUGUGAGGCCUUAGACUGAACAAAUGUAUCUUACUGGGGAAGAAGCCAUUUGAUGACAGUGGGAAUUUGCUAAUAAAUGUCAGGUUAAUCAAACAUCCUAUGACUUGUGAUACUCUUCUGUAUGUCAGUUUAAUAAUGCCUGUAGAAAAUUACCAAGACAUCACUAAAUUAUGUUCUAUAGAUAACAUUUAAUAGUCUUCAAUGAGGGAGGCCUAUUUUUGUCCAUUUAGAAAUAGAAGAAAUUGAAGCUGAAAUGUUGGGACAUUGAGCUCCACCCACAAUUUUUUUUUAAUGUGGGCUGCUUCAAGAAUAUUCAUUGACAAGUGUUCAGUAUCUGGAAUGGAUUAAACCAAGACAUGAUAAGUAAGAGCAUGGAGGAUAACUAAACAAAUCUGUAAGAAACAAGAGCAUUGAUAGAUAAUUGUUUUAAUGACUUAGAAGAAGAAUACUGUGUUUGGAUAUGAUUUUUUUUAGUAACCAUAUGCAAACAUUGAUUGAUUCAUGGAAAUUUUAUGGGAAACAAGAUUUUUACUUUACUUUUGAUUCUUUAUAUCAAUCCUGUCUCCUCUUUUUUUCUUUUUCAUAUAGCUACAAACAUGCAUUACCUUCAUUCUUUUAUCUUAGAUUUUUAGAACACUGUUUGAGCUUCUUGCACUUUUCACAAAUGAUAUCUUCACUUCUCCAGUUUCACAAUCAUCUUCAAAAUUCACUUAGCAACUUUAGUUUUACACCAUAUAAAGUACAGGUAAUGGUACUUAACUGGUGUUUAAGUUUCUACUGUGAGUACUUUCCUCUUUCAUAUAUUUCCAAAGUAGUAUUCAAGUUUUGGCAAAUUAAUUUUUUGACUUGUAAAAAAAUAGCAUCACCUACCUCCUGUACAUGCAACAACUUAAAGAGAGAUUUAGCUGUACUCCCCAUUUGUCCACUCACAUUAUAGUAUCUAGAUUCACAUUUUCUUUUCACACACUUUAGAAACACAGAGCAACAUACCAUAUUUUACAGCAUAUAAGAUGCUCGGCCUUAUAAGACACACCCCCCAUUUUAGCAGGGAGUAUUUAUGAACAUUUUGUGUGGAUUUUCCUCCUGUAGCCAUAGUUUUCUUAAAAUAUUAUAUACAGUGCCAGUAAAUGUGAGGAAUAAAUAAAAAUAUUACCAAUAAAUAAGUUCCAAAAAAAAAUACUGUAUUGCCAAAUCAAUAAAUAAAAGCCAAAUGAAAGUUUAACACAGUCGCCAUUUGCAUAUACUUCCUGGUUCACUAUAGCAAUGCAGACGCUACCUCCGCCGAUUCUUCAGCAACCCCCCAGUCCCUCCUCCUCUCACUCCCUCAGUAGACACCGAACUUGUGUGCAAAGAAAUGUAUAUUCCCUCUGUGUGUUUGCCCUUAGGACAAUUAUUUCUUUUACUUUUUUCACAAUAUGUAUGCAGGAUGGUGUAUUAUUUUUUAGCCAUUUUUCAGACAAAAAAGUGCAUCAUCCUGUAAAAUACGGUAAUCAAUCUUUUAUUUACUCUAUACCAUUAGGUAGCAUUACCAAUAGGGUUUUUUCUGCAUCUGUUUUAUCUGUUUAUUUAACAUACACUUUGUUCUAAUACAUAAUAUAUUCUCCACCCACACAAGUACAAAAUUAUGAUAUAAAUUAUAUUUUGCUUCUGUAAAUAGUCAUAUUCAACAGAUUUGUGCACUACACAGAUUACAUGUACUCUAUGGCUAGUUACUGUACUCUGUAAUUCUUUCAUUCACUUCUUCCUGUACCAACAGUACUGUAUUUACAGCAGCAGAACAUAUUGUAUUUGUGUUAAAAAAAUCUGAGAAGUCCUUUUUACCACAUAUCUCUAUACUAUCACACAGAGGUCCACACAUCCGGAUUUUCCAUUUUUCAAGCUUACUGUAUUCCCAUCUUUUUUUUUUUCAAUUAUCUCGGCUGUUUUAUAAUGGUCACUUUUUGUGGACAUAUUGAACUAUUUCAUCAUGUUCUCAUAUUUGAUGUAGAGAAGGAUACAGUACUCUACCAGCUUUUAGUAAUCUCAAAUGGAGGAUUUUUAAUAUCAUUUUUGUAUCUGAUCCCACAAGAUAAUUUUUAGACUGUUUUCUCAAACUGUUACUGAUUAGUUCUAUUUUUUUGCUACACUUAUUUCACUUUUAUUUGUGUACUAGUGGUAGUUUGUUUUGCUUAUGACAAGUGUGUGUAAUUGAAUCUUUAAUUUGAUGUGAAUUGCAUAUAUCUCUCUUUUUUUCUUCUUUAAGAAUAGUGCCAAAUAUCACUUCAAACUAAAGUUAAAAAAUAUAUUCAAACUUGAUGGACAGAUUUGCCAAUAUGAGAUUUAGAUAUACUGUACGUAAUUAACCCUGAAAUGUCAUUCUGGUCACCCAGACGUACUAGCAAGUCAUUAGAUAAAUAGGAGGUAGGGGAGACAAUAGCAAUUUCCCUAAGACACCAGUCACAGUUGCAGAUCUCAUUCUUGAUAGUUGUUGCAUCUCAGUGAUCAGUUAGUAGAUAGAAUUUAUGGAAAAUGAUAGGCAUAUGUACUGCUCAUGGCUAUGAAUUUCACCUUCAUUAAUUGGCUUAUGUGUGACAGGAUCAACUAGUCAAUCAGAAAUGUUGUACUGUAUUGGGCUAAUAUUUCAUGCCAUUUCAACUAAUACAUACUUUGACAGUAUUUCUCUAACACAUGUAAUUGGUUGGACUGUACGCUUAUUCCAUUGUUACCUCUAUAGUAUUAUUAAACCUUUAACGAGCACCCUGGUAUUGGCACACUGUUCCAAGUUGUUAAUAUUUUUGUAAUGGAAUUUCAAAUUAGAAGAGGUGUAUAAAUCCUAGUAUUAAAAAGGACAGCAUUAAUGUACUGUACAGGGAUAUCAGCUGCUACAUAAAAAUUUGCCUUGGAUUAUUAGUUAUGGACAAAGCUCUCUAGAUAAUGUCUAAGUUUUUAAGAGUUGGUCUUGAUGAAUCUAAUUAUAAGUCAGUCAUAUUGCUAUCCAAAUAAAAUGGUUUGAGGUAGGUGCAGUAACCUUAAUA